UUCAGUGUGCGCCAAGAUGGCGGCUUCCAUCGCCUUGUACCUUCCACAUCGUCGCGUUUGUAACUAAACCGCUUUUCCACCGUCCGUUUCAGCUCACACAAAGGCAGAGGGGAACCGAGUGGGCGUCAAUGGCUGACGGAAGUGGUUUCCUCAUGGUAGCUUGGUGCGUGGAGCCGGUGUCAAUGUCGGCCUAAGGGAGGGCUGUCUUAACACAGUAUGGCCACCGAGAACAGGAUCAAUUUUUGGAGGAGAAACGCAAAGGUUCCAGGAAGUGUGCAGCCUGUUUAUGGAGCACAGCAUCCUCCUCUCGACCCAUGUCUGCGACGCUCGUAUCCCAAAGACACAAAGCUGAAGUUAAACAAUCUCAAAUCUAAAAAGACAUCAAGCUUCCAUGAGUUUGCACGGAGCACAAAUGAUGCUUGGGACAUUGAUGACGACGAGGAGGAUGACGAUUUCCUUGGUAGCCCUACCCUGUGUUCUUCCCUGCCAUCGGAAAUGCAGUCUGCAUUCACUCAGAAGCAGACGCACGAUGCGGCUGCUGUCACACAAAGUGGGAUUUCACAAACAACAGAGGAGGAAACUGAGCGCGAGGUUGUAAACAGCAAGGUGAUCAAGUCAAACAGCGAGGUCCACCUUAGUACAUCCUCAGUUCGCGCCACACUGCAGAAGCAGCAUUCUCUCCCAGUUCGACCCAUCAUCCCUCUGGUGGCUCGCAUUUCAGACCAGAAUGCAUCAGGAGCCCCUCCCAUGACCGUGCGGGAAAAGAGCCGGCUGGACAAAUUCAAGCAACUGCUGGCUAGUGCCAACACUGACCUUGAGGAGCUGCGGAAGCACAGCUGGUCAGGCAUACCAAGGGAAGUCCGUCCUAUCACAUGGAGGCUUCUCUCUGGUUACCUGCCGGCCAACAAGGAGCGCAGAGAGCUUGUGCUCAAAAGGAAGCGAGAGGAGUACUUUGGCUUCAUUGUGCAAUAUUACCACUCCAGAACGGAUGAGCACUACAAAGACACAUACCGACAGAUUCACAUCGACAUUCCGAGGACCAACCCUCUGAUUCCAUUGUUCCAGCAGCCUGUAGUGCAAGAGGUGUUUGAGCGUAUCCUCUUCAUCUGGGCAAUUCGACACCCAGCCAGUGGCUACGUCCAGGGGAUCAAUGAUCUAGUCACGCCCUUUUUUGUUGUCUUCCUGUCUGAGUUUGUCAUGGAGGACAUGGAGAACUUUGAAGUGGCUGCUCUUUCUCUGGAGAUUCAGAGAAACAUUGAGGCAGACAGCUUCUGGUGUAUGAGCAAACUGUUGGACGGAAUACAGGACAAUUACACCUUCGCUCAGCCAGGAAUCCAGAACAAAGUCAAAGCUUUAGAAGAGCUUGUCAGUCGGAUCGAUGAGGACAUUCACAAUCAUUUCAAAAAGUAUGAGGUGGAAUAUCUGCAGUUUGCUUUCCGUUGGAUGAACAAUCUGUUGAUGAGGGAGCUGCCACUGCGUUGCACAAUCCGUCUCUGGGAUACAUACCAGGCUGAAGCAGAAGGGUUCUCCCACUUUCACUUGUAUGUCUGUGCCGCUUUCCUCAUUGAGUGGCGCAAAGAAAUUCUCUCCAUGGUUGACUUUCAGGGCCUUCUUAUACUACUGCAGAACCUUCCCACAAUCCACUGGGGUAACGAAGAAGUAGGCCUUCUUCUGGCUGAAGCUUACAGACUGAAAUACAUGUUCGCGGAUGCUCCCAGCCACUAUAAGAGAUAGACUUUUUAUUUUAUAGCACAUACAGUGCUUGAACAUUUAAAGUCUGUGAGCCUUCUGAUUAGCCUACAAAGACAGGCCUGUGAAAAUGAAUCCUCAUGGUGAAAAUCACACUGGACUUGGUGGUGAAUGUGGGACUAUUUUGCCAUUCUCUUUUGCAAUUUAACACUGGACUGUUACAGUAUAGAAGCACACACAACUGUCAUCUUGCUCCAGUCAUGUAACUCUUGAUUGUUUCUCCUGUUUAAUGUAUUUUCUGGAGAACAUUCUGUGAUUUAAAGGGAUAGUGAAUGUCUUUAAUACCAUCCUUUUAAUCAAAGGUAGUGUACAGAUAAUAUUUUUACUUAUUUUUUUAAGUCAUUGUUUUAAGAAGUACUGAAUAUGAAUUGCAAGAUAGAUAGUAAGAUAGAAGUCUCAUACAUCAAAAUAGUUGAACACUGUAAAGAGUUGAAAAAAAAAUAUUAAACCUAUGUCACUCCCAACUUCCUUCAGACAAAUUUUGCUUAAAGUGGGGAUAAACGUUAUAGAAAAUGGAUGGAUGGUCAGUUAUUUGCAAUGCACAAUCAGGUAAUCAGAGGGAGAGGUCCUCUUAAUUAUAAUUAAUUAUAUACUUAAUGCGCUUGCAUUUACAGGUAUAUGAACUGAGAGGAGCAGACUAAGAGUUUGAUGUUGAUAUUAUUUGCUGUUACAUUUCACCUGGCUAAAAGUGUCAGAAGGCAUUUUUGUUUUAAAUGUGGUUUGUUUGUGAUUUUUACACCCUCCAACUGCUCGAGGGGAAAUGAAGACCGCAAUGCUAAUGUAGCUUUAGCACUCGUUUUAGUUGGUCUUAUUUUAUGAUGAAAGUAACACAUUGGUUUAAAAUUUUAUAUUUCAGUUGGGGUCGUCAAAAUACAACUCGUGGUUCCCAAAAUCAUGUACAGUAUUAUACUGGUAUGUCUGAGCUUUCAACUUUUGAGUUUCAGGCAUAGUUUUGGUCCCUCGGUAAUGAUUUUGCCAAAUGUCUCUGUGGUAACAGCAGUCUUCUGUAUGAUCGUCGUAUAUACUGAGAGUUUCCUAGAGUAUUGCAUCACGUAACUUCCUACAUACCCUGUUGGUUUUUUAUAUAAUUUAGUCAAUGGUACUGAAGAAUACCGGUGCGUAUUUAAAAUUAAUUUAGCCAAAGUACAGUCCUAUUGUACUUGAUCAGUCAGUCCUGUGAAAGCAGUGUAGCUCAGCUCAGAAUAUGUGACGAUGCCUUUGUAAUGUACUGUACUCCUGAUGUUUAUGGUGUUACAAAAAUGCUUUGUCAUCAGUCAUGCUGCUUCUGUGUUUUUGUUUGGAUCACGUUGUUCUUGUGCCCACUUUAUGAAAUAAUCCAGGAGAUGUGGGAUGAAUGGGAAUUGGUCACCCAUUGUCAUUGUAGGAGAUCCUUUUAAUAGCAAAUGUUAAUUUGGUUAGACAGUCUUAGGCCUGUGGUACAAUAUGAUCCAAUAAAUGUGGAUUUAAUUCUACUAAAAUGUUGAUCAAGUAAUAUUUUGUGAUGUUGCUAAUGUCGGACUUAUUGUGGACUGGAAACCUGGCUUUUAUGGCAGCUAUUCAACAAAAUGUUUUGAUUGAAUCAUUUGGAUUUUCUAAUAUCAGUAAACUGCAAAGCUUUAUUUAAGUGAGGUGCUCGUGAUACCUUUAUAUCUAAACUAAAUCAAGUUUAGCACAGUAUACGCAUCAUUUUCUGACAGUUUUCCUUCAUUUUUGUUAGUGCUAAAAAUAUGUUCCCUGCAUAUGUGUUAUUCAUUCAGGUACAUUUUUUCCCCUCUUGCCCACCAUCAAGGUGUUGUUCAUUCCAUGAUUGUUUUUCAUAUUCAGUCGUUAUGUAUUUGUGACCAAUUAAUGAAUGUCUGUUUCUGUUCAAUAAAUGCCAACUCUUUAUUUGCAUCAAUACAUGCUGUUGAAUUAGCAGAUGUUUAAGCCUUAAAGAAAUAAUUUAAUUAUUACAGUACUUGCUGUAGUGUUCCUUGUUUAUAUUAAACGCUUGAUCUUCAUUCGA